AUGUCCGCAAGCCAGAACAAGCGUCAGCGCACCUCCGGCUCGUUCUCGCCAGCAUCACCGCCGUAUCACUUGGCCAAGCCACCGACUGAGGAGACAAAGACGCCCGUUGUCCACCCUCGCACACCAACGUCUCCACCGUACAUGUCUUCCGCACCGCCUUCCUAUGCAUACUCCACCACCUCCCCGACUUUCCAGCAGAUGGAACUCUCUCCGCCAUUGUCCGCCGCUAUGGCUUCGCAAAACUCGCAGCAGCCGGUCGUGACGGCUGCCACUUCUUUCCCCACACCAGCCGACAGCAUCACCGAUAACGCGCUCUCCACGAUCAGAGACGGCGACGGCGAUGCGCAAAUGCAGGACACGCCUGUAGACGACGGCACCAAGGCCUCCGGCGAAGACACAGAGAUGACCGACCUCCGGGACCACAGACACAGCAACCAUGACCGGCAAGGCGUCUCCACUUCAGCAAGCGGAAGAAGAGUGGGCUUGGAGCGGCUCGAUGCCGAUUUGGGCUCUCUUUACAAGCUUUGCGAGAAGCCGCACCCCGUCGCCCGCCCGCAUGGUGCGCAGAACCUUAUCGCGCUCUACGGUCUCGAGCAGAUCGCUGCCAGUGUUGCGCGGAAGGACCCCGUGACCGGUGAGAAGAUCAACAAGUUGCGGAAAUCGUACGAGGGCCAGAUCAAGCGGCUGCAGAUUGGUGGGAAGAACAAAGCCGUCGUGGAGGAGGGCCAGUUCAUGAACAUGCUAAUAUAUCCUGACUUCGAAUGGCAUGUCCAGAAGGUCCAGGGGAAAGAGAUGACAAACCCAUCAGCGCUGCUGUCCAAGCUCGACCGCGCUCUGCAGAUGGGUUCUGGAAAACUGCCACCCAGCGAGGAUGCCAAAUGGAAGGGCAUCAUCGCCCAAGAGGAGGCGCCUAAGCCGAAGCCCCUAGUGGACGCCAAGAAGGGUGCAGUUGGGCAAGUUGGAGGCCGCGCCUCCCCCGCGCCUUCGCCUCUGAUCAAACCAUCGCGGCCAGAGCGCACGGGAACGAAGCGGCGCUACGACGAUGCCAGCUACGAAGGCUACGAAGGCUAUGGCGACGAUGCGGCAACCGAGUCGGCGGGCGGGGAAGACGAGCGCUGGGGUGGCGGUGCGAAGAAGAAGCGCCGAAAGGAGUACGGCCAAGCAGGCAGUCCGCUUGCCGGUAACUACAACGCUCCGCCCGUCGGCGUCCGGCGAUGA